CCCCGCGGCCCUUCUAAUACCUCCUGACGCGGUCGCUCAUCGACGUAAUGCGUGCGUGCGUGCGUCACGUGCGUGCGCGCGUCUGCGGCGGCGCUGUCAUACCUCUGUCAGGGGAACGCCGCCCGCUCGGCAGUAGAAUCCUCAAGUAGGUAUUUAGAGUAUGGUAUGUUUAAAAAGCAUCAAGGUGGUCAUUAUGAGAAAAAUCAGGGUUUUAUUGCACUUCGUUGUCAUUUCCAAUUCACUGGCGCAAAUAAUACCGGAGAAGACUGAAGUUUCCCAGCUGUUUUUCAACAAAAAUCUUGGUGAAUCUUAUUGAAUUAUGAAUACAGCUGAGCUAAUGGAGGACUUGUUCUGUUUCACUCUCCGUAUCAGUGGGAGACAAUUGUUAAACCUGUGACGGCGCUGACAGCCAAGGGUCACAGUGGAUCCACCAUAGAACCAGACCUUCCAAUAGCUGUAUCACAGUGCUAAACCAGAAUUCGUCAAAAGAAUGAUGCAUUAUAAUCAAUUUUGUUGUUUUCAAAAAAUAUAUGAAUAUUUUUAAUGACAGCUGAAAUAUUUGUGUAUGACUAAUACAUAAAUCUACUUAAAAUGCUAUUUUCAUCGUUAUUAAUAUUUUUGUGUUUUAUGUGCACAUGUGUUAGUAGUUUGUGUAUGUAUUUAAAUGUAAAAAUAAAUAAUUAUACAUAUAUUGGACUGCUUGCUCAAAAUUUGUCUGCUGAUGUGUUGUAAUAUCACAAAGUGAGGAAACCACUGGCCAGAAGAAUGAAAUGAGAAGAAUAUGACAUUAUAAAAUGAUAUUAUUGACUGACAAGUUAAAUAUUACAAUUACACUUGGUAGAGAGAAUCCAUAGAGUAUAAUUCAACGGGUAUGAUUUAAUGGUUUUUAAGUGUAUUUACAGAGUUGUGCAAACAUCACCACGGUCAAUUUUAGAGCAUUUCCACCACCCCAAAAAUAAAUUUGCUGUCCAUUAACCGUCUCUUCCCAUUUCUCCCCAACCCACCAAGUCCUAGGCCACCACUAAUUUUUGUAUUUAUGGAUUUGCCUAUUCUGGAUAUGUCAUAUACAUGGAAUCACACAAUAUGUGGUCCUUUGUGACUACUUUCACUUAGCAUGAUGAUUUCAAGCUUCACCCACGGCAUAGUGUGUAUUAGUAUUUCAUUCCAUUUUAUGGCACAUAAUAUUUCAUUUUAUGUAUAUACCACAUUUUAUUUAUCUGUUCACCAGCUGAUGAACAUUUAGAUUGUUUCUACUUUUUGGCUAUAAUGAAUAAUACUGCCAUGAAUAUUUGUGUACAAGUUUUCAUAUGCACACAUAUUUUCAAUUAUCUUGGGUAGAUACAUCUAGGAGUGGAAUUGCUAAGUUAUGUGGUAACUCUGUGAGCCCUGGUGGCAAAGUGGUUAACAGCUCAGCUGGUAAUCAAAAGGUCAACAGUUCAAAUCCACCAGCCACUCCUUGGAAACCCUAUGGAGCAGUUCUACUCUGUCCUAUGGGGUCGCUUUGAGUCAGAAUCUUACUCGAUGGCAACGGGUUUGGUUUGGUUUAUGGUAACUGUGCGUUUUACUUUUUGAGGAACUAGCAUACUGUUUUCCACAGUGGCUGUACCAUUUUACAAUUCUGCCAGCAAUAUAUAUUGGAAUCGACUUGACAGCAGUGGGUAUGGGAUAUAAGAGUUCUAAUUUCUCUAUGGAAACCCUGGUGGCAUAGUGGUCAAGUACUACAGCUGCUAACCAAAAGGUUGGCAGUUUGAAUCCACCAGGUGCUCCUUGGAAACUCUAUGGGUCAGCUCUACUCUGUCCUGUAGGGUCACUAUAAGUCGGAAUUGACUUGUCGGCAACGGGGAUUUUUUUUUUUAAAUUUCUCUGUAUCCUUGCCAACACUCGUAAUUGUCUAUCUUUUUAAAAUCUCGCCAUCCUCCACCCAUCCAAACCCAUUGCCCUGGAGUCAAUUCCGACUCAUAGUGACUCUAUAGGACAGAAUAGCACAGCCCCCAAGGACACGUUCUUGUAUAUACACAAGAAUCACCUGUAUACAUGGGACCGUGUACAUGAGAUUCAUUUGGGGGAUCUUGUUAAACUGUAGAUUCAGCAUAUCUGGGUUGGAAAUGUAAAUUCUCAGCAGGUGGUGGAACCAGACCGAAUCAGUCCCAAACCCUGCUUUCCUUUCCUUCCCAUCCUCCUUGUCCCUAUUUCUCUCUGUUCCAAAACCUAAAAAAUAUUUCUAUUGGUUGCAUUUGGUUUUUAUAUUUCUUGCUUUUAAUUUUUAAAUUGAAGUUUGUUCUUUGCUUCCCCCUCCCCCUCACCUGGCCUCUUCCUCCUCUCCUUUGAAUUAAAUUAGUUUUGUCUGUCCUUGUAUUACAGAUGCUCCACCUCCCUGCCCGGUACAGGUGGUUUAGGUGAUUCCUAAUAGGAAGAAGCUCCUCCUCUGGUUCCUAGAGUCUCCUCCCAACAAAGCACCUGGUUGUUCAGGAAUGACUGGAUCAGGCUCCUCCCCUCUGGGACCUCCCCCCUCCCACAGGCACUGUAACUAGAAAAUCUCUGCCCAGAAUUCUGGGUAAACAUCAGUCUUAAUUUCCAUUUAAAGAAGCAGUUGGAAGUUCAUUCUGCUUGUUUUUCUUUCUGGAUCUCAAUUUUACAACGUUGGAGUAGAAGAAAAACCUGAAUUUAGAGCCUGGAGUCUGUUGAAGACAAUUUCAACAAAGGUAAUAUUCUCUCUCCUUUUUUUACUUUAAGCAAUAAUUUUACAAGUAGAAGAAAAAUAACUCAUUUUGAAUUGACAGCAGCUCAAGUUGAACAGCAUAAGGAGAAUGCACGUAGCAACCAGAAGAUGUAAAUGUCUGAACUAUUAUUCUGUUCGUUGAAAACAGCUAUAAAAUUUUGAUUCUUCCAAAUUUUACACAUGGUUUAUCCUUUGAAUUGUACAAAAUUCAGGUGCUUAACAAUGCACCUAUUUGGUACUGGGUCCCUUCUUUGUCAGAAUGUUCUCUACCUGUCGAUUCACAUUCCUAUUGUCUAGCACAGGGCACCUACAGAGACCAUGCUUCUUGCCUGUUUAGCUCUAUUUAUGCAGGAGUUAGGGGAAGAGAACGAAGUGCAAGGCUAGUGUGCCAGCCCCAUGCCAGUCACUAUUAAGCACUACCUGUUGGGAUCCAACUCGAUAGCAGUGGGUUUUUGGUUAUUACUACUCCGUUGUUACUGAGGAGAUACCCGCAGAAAGGUUACAUAACUGUCGAGAGUCAGACUGUUGAUAAGUAGCAGAUACAGUGAUUCCAAAGUCUGCACACUCCCCUGUGAGCAUGGGGCAUCAGAGUACAUAGUGCUGAAUAAUUAUUCUCAAGGCCGAUGAUGUUGAUAGUGGAACUAACUUUCUGUUUUAGGGUCCUGGACUGUGACUGGAGGUGGAUCACAGUCUGGUUACUUGUUGAAAGGAAUCAGAAAGCAAGAGAAAAGGACUGAAAAAGGAGUAAGCUCCUUGAAUCUACCUGUGCUCUUGAUUGCUGAAACUCCCCUUUCCCCUGACUGGGAAUCUCACUCUCUCUUAGCUUUGGAGCAACCUUGAAUCAAGGGAGAAUCUUGGCUCCUCUCCGUAUACAACACUAACAAUAAUAUUGUGUUAUUAUGAUGAUGAUUGCUUUUAACCCAAUUAAUAGUUAAAAGAGGUCAGGAAUCAACCCUCCUCUCUGUGAAAAUAAACGAAAACAUUUACACCUCAAAUAACACUAUCUUAAUCUUUUACUCAAAGUCUGAAGAGUAAUUAUGUUUUUGUUUUUGUUUUUUUUUUACCAAUUAUGCUCUGACCUUUGGACAAUGAAAAAAAAUUUUUUUAGCUUUGCUAUUCCCAAAGAUAAAAUGCAUUCACUAGCCUCAACACCUGAAAAGCAACAGGUUUUCCUUUUAGAGGAAAGAUAUACAAUGCUAAAAAUAUCUCAUUUUUAAUUAGGGACAAGGAGCAUAAAACUGUAUUUAAUUCAUUUGACAAACAACUACAAAUACUUUUUAGCUUCACAGUAUGGUCAGUGAAUAACGUAUGCACCAUUCCUGCAGACAUAACAAAUUACCUUAAAACUUAGUGGCCUGAAACAACAGAUGUUUAUUAUUUCAAUUUAUGUGGGCCAGGAAUCUGAGAGUGGUUUAGGCUUUCUUCAGGCUCUGGGUCUCUCAAAAAGCAGCAAUCAGGGCUUCAGCCAGGGCCGUAGUCCCCUCAAGACUCCAGUGGGAGAGGAUCCACCUCCUAGCUCACGCACGGGCCUUUGCACAGAGCUGCCUCCCGGGCAUGGCAGCUGGCUGCCCCCAGAGCAGAUGAUCUGAGAGGGAGCAACCAAGAAAGAAGCCAGCCUUUUAAUGACUGAAUCUCAGAAUGAUUUCCCAGUCCUUCUGCCACAUUCUAUUCAUUAGAAGCUAGUCAAACAACUCAUCCCACUCUCUGGGGGAGAUUACAGAAAGACAUGAAUACCAGCGUCCAAGUCACUGGGGUCAUGCACAAGCAGCGAAAGGGUAGAAAUAAAAACAGAUGUAAGUGAGAGAGAUAGAAAAGGACUUGGUAGAGUCAGAGCUCUGGGUCUCUUGCGUUUCAGGUUUUACAGGAAUUUAUCCAGGAAGUAAAAUUAAUUGCAGUCUUUUAAUUUAGAAAACCUGAGGAGUAGGAGAAGGUCAUGUGGGCUGUUCUCUUAAAGACUCUUUGCAGAAAUCAUGUUCUGUCUUUUUGCAGGUCAUGGGAGAUCAAGAACUACCUGGAGUUUUGGUAUCUGGAUUUGAAGGGCCACGUGGUAUAUGUGAAGACCAUGUCAGAGAUCUGCAGAAACACUUUAAUCUCAUUACCAUGCAGGAAUUUUUGGAAAAUAAAACACAAUUCAGUCAAAAGAUCCAAGCUGUCUACAUAUGGGCAGGCUGGCCAGUUAUUGACAAGGAGCUCCUAGAAAGCUUGCCCUCCUUGAAGAUUAUUGCCAAUGGAGGAGUAGGCUUAGAUCACCUAGACCUGAAGCUCAUUGCUAGCUUUGGUGUGAAGGUGGCUAACACACCACAGGCUGUCUCAAACCCCACAGCAGAUAUGGGAAUGGCCUUAUUGCUGGCUUCAGCCCGGAGACUGGUAGAAGGUCAUCAGUUGACUAUUUCUCCAGAUACAAAGAACUUUUUUAUAAAUUGGAUGGGUCAAGAAGUGACAGGGGCCACCCUGGGAAUCAUUGGCAUGGGCUCCAUUGGCUAUAAGAUUGCUCAGAGGGCCAAAGCCUUCGAAAUGAAGAUUCUAUAUCAUAACAGGACCCGCAGGAUAUUGGCAGAGGAGGAGGCAGUUGGAGCCACUUACUGUGAGCACCUGGAUGACCUGCUGCGGCAGUCGGACUUCGUGAUGUUGGCGACCAGCCUGACCCCCCGGACCCAUAACAUGAUUGGGAAGAGGGAGCUGAGACUGAUGAAACGCACGGGGAUUCUCAUCAAUGUCGGCAGAGGCCUAUUAGUUGAUCAUGAUGCCCUGGUGGAUGCUCUUCAGACCGGGAUAAUUAAAGCCGCAGCAUUGGACGUGACGUACCCUGAACCCCUGCCAAGAGAUCAUCCUUUGUUGAAGUUGAAGAACGUCACUCUGACACCACACGCUGGAAGUGCAACUCAUCAAGCCAGACGACAAAUGAUGGAAAAUUUGGUUAAAAGCAUCCUGGCUUCUCUCAAUGGCCUUCCCAUUCCUAAUGAAGUGCUUCUUAAAUGAUUUAUGUGGGCCAAGAAUUCAGUGGGAUUAAAACAUGGCAGGUUAAAUGUGAAAAUGUCACUAUUUUGUGUCUUUAUACACGCUGUUGCUGUUAAAUGCUGUCGAGUCGAUUCAAGUCAUGUGACCCCAUGUGACAGACUAGAACUGCCCCAUAGGAUUUCCUAGGCAGUAAUCAGAUCACCAGAUCUUUCUCCUUCAGAGCCACUGGGUAAGUUUGAACUACCAACUUUGCAGUUGGCAGCCAAGCACUUAACCACUGCAGCACCAGAGCUCCUCUUAUACAUGCUAGAGCUCAUUUUAUAGUUGUUCUUAGCUGCUGUUGAGUUGGUUCUGACUCAUUAUGACUCCACGUACAACAGAAUGAAAUAUUAUCUGGUCCUGUACCAUCUUCAUGGCUGUUGGUAUGCAUGAGUUCACUGUUGCAGCCAAUGUAUUUUUGGUGUCUUUCAACCUAUGGGGCUCAUCUUCCAGCACUAUUAACAGACAAUAUUAUGAUCCAUAGGGUUUUCAUUGGCCAAUCUUCAGGAGUAGAUCGCAGGGCUUUCUUUUGUCCAUCUUAAUCUAGAAGCUUAGCUGAAACCUGCUCACCUUGGGUGACUCUGCUGGUAUUUGAAACACCGGUGGCAUAGCUUCCAACAUCAUAGCAACAUGAAAGCCACCACAGUAGGACAAACUGAUGGAUGGUGGCCAUUUUAUAUGCUGGUUUGAUAUUUUUGGCUACAAAGCUUUAAGAAUAGUGACAAUAGUUAACAUUUACUGAGGGUUUGCUAAGUGCUUCAAACUCUAUCUCACUUCAUUCACACGGCAGCUUUAUGAGGGAAGUUCUGUUACUACCAUCCCCUAUCUCACAGAUGAGGAAACAGAACCCAGAGAAGUUACUACUUGUCUGAAGUCUCACAGCCUACAAAUAGCUGAAUUUAGAUUAAAACCCAGGGCUUUGUGCCCCAAGGUCUGCGGAUUUCCCAUUGAACUGUUUUGCCUUCCAUCCUGUUAAAUUCUGAUAGCUUCUUGAGUUACAUAGCGUGUGAGGAACUUUGAAUUUUGAGGUGCCAGUAGGUCUGGGGAGAUUUCAGAACUAAAAUUAAGCACUCCAUUUAGAAAUUAAACUGAGGGUUUUACUUCUACAACCCUGAUAACCAUUAGGCUUCUGUUAAAGUUUGCUGUUUGAAAAACAAAGCUCAGUUGUGCAUCUUAGGAGUGUUCCCACAACUGGCCUUAGAAAACACUGCACUGAGUUGUUAAAUUAUUAGAGGGCACUGGGUUUUAUAUAUAUAUAUAUAUAUAUAUAUAUAUAUGUUGUCUUAACUACCUUUAAGUUCUCCAGCAAGCGCCUAGGCAUUAUCUCUUUUCUCUCAGCUAAAUAAGCAGAGUUUAUUUACA